UGUGUGUGUGUGUGUGUGUCUGUGUUCAGUCAUGCCUUUAUACGGUUUAUUAUACAGAGAUACUUCACCUCUCAGCCUCCACACUCGCACUCCUCUGCAGGAUUUAACCUUCAUUUCUGGAGACGUUUUCUGAAGUCGUGGAUUCAGUUCUCACAGAUUUAAUCCCCUGUACCAACAAUGAGGAGUUUGGAUACGGUCCCCACAAACAACUGCUCCAUCAGCCAGUUCAAGCACACCGUCUACCCCAUCGCCUACCUGUUCAUCUUCUUCCUCGGGCUGGUCGGCAACAUCACCUCGCUCGUCUUCUUCGUUGCUUCUUCAGUCCGAAAAAAGGUGUCUUUAACUCCGGUGAACAUCCUCAUGCUCAAUCUCCUGCUGUCGGAUCUGAUGCUGGUGUGCUCGCUGCCUUUCCGGGCCUCCUACUUCCUCAUGGACUCCAAUUGGGUUUUUGGAGAUGUAACCUGCCGGAUCAUGUCUUACGUCUUCUACAUUAAUAUGUACGGAAGUGUCUACUUUCUGACCGUACUUAGUAUGGUUCGGUUCGUGGCCAUUGUCAAGCCGUUCGCGUAUGUACGCUGGCAAAACCCACGACGGGCCUGGAUCAUCUGCGUUGUUAUUUGGAUGAUCGUUUCUCUGGCCUCCAUCCCGCUUCUGAAAGCAGGAACGCAUGAGGAGAAUGAAAAAACCAGAUGUCUGGAUUUGGGACACUCCAAUUUGGAAACUAUUAUCAUUUUAAACCGUGGUGUGCUGUUUUUGGGAUUUGUCGUGCCUUUCGCGAUCAUCUCUGUGUGUUAUAUCUUUGCGGCUGUGUAUUUGAUAAAGCUCAAGAAGAGGAACCAAAGAUCUCAGUUCAACCAGAAAAAGUCCUGCUCUCUCGUCAUCAUAGUUUUACUGAUUUUCCUGGCCUGCUUCAUGCCUUAUCAUGUCGUCCGAACUCUAUUUUUGGAGGCUGAGAGGGAUAUUAAAAUCAACGGUUAUGGCGAUUCUUGCCUUUACAUCGAAACUUUAAGAAAAGCGGCAGUCGUCACACACGUUCUGGCGUCUGGAAACAGUGUCUGGAUCCGCUGCUGUUCAUUUUUGUUGGGGAAAACUUCAUCCGCUUUUGGAAGCACCAGUCACCCAGAAGACAGAGUUGUAUGAUUGAGCAGAAUGUAAAAGCGUAAACAAAUGUCAUAUAAAGAGAGACGAUUACGACUGGUAUGAAGUCUGUGGGAUCUGUUGGGACUUGAGAGGGGGAAAUUCCCGGAAAAAAAGGCCAUAUCUGUGUUGGAUCACGACAAGGAAGAACUCGAUUAACCUCGCAAGUCAUGAUGGUUAUGUGUCUGUCUAGAGUUGACUGAACUUGUAUAUACGUUUGCAAAACAAACAAAAAAAGUUGUGCUUAUUAUGCUAAUAGCAAACUUUGGUUCAUAACAAACAAUGUCUGUUAAUUAACUGUGCCUAUAUUUUGUGAUUCAGUGGUGUUUUCCGUUUAUUUAUGCUCAUGAAUUGCAUUGUUGGACUCCAGUCUUCACUUUUAGUGUUUAAAUAUUAACUCUGCAGCUAAACAUAGAGACUUUUGUUGACAUUUCAGUAGUUUAAAACAAUUUAAUGUAUACAAAACUUUAUAUAAACUAUAUAUGAGCAAUAUCACACAAGUAGCAGUGCGAUAUGGCUGUAUAUUGCCCUGGUUGGGAGGCGUGCACCAGUGACGAUAAACUGUAAAGUCAUAUCGCACUGCUACAAGUUUAAUAUUGGGUUUUUAAAGCAGUUUGAUGGCAUAAUUGUGUGGAUAAAAACAAAAUCUAACAAGUAGAGUCUCAAAAACCCUUUUGUAUAAGGAACUACUUUCUUCCACCAUUCAUUCACAUUCGCAGCUGAUGUCACAACAGCAGAAAUCAUUGCUACUUCACCAGCGUCACUUUAGAGCUAGUGUUUGAAUGCUUCUCUAGCGUAAUGUCUAAAGUGAUGACAAAACAAGUGAUUUUUACUCACAUUUCAAAAUUAUAAGGCUUUCCCAAUAUUUCUUUGUUGCAUUCGGGAAAUCACAAUACUUAACCCCUGAAAAAGCUAAAGCAAUGCAAACGCUAGCAGAAUACUAUUGUGUUUGCGAUAAGGAAAAACAGUAAACACAUGCAGGCAUUUCUUCUUUCUUUCUGUUUACUGAACUAGUCUUACCAGUUAUCAGUUCUAGAAUGAUCUGAUCAGCUGUAGUUAAAAAUUACGAUGUUUUCCUCCUCGAAGGACUUAUUAUGCAGUCUCUGACACCAUCUUGUGGAUAAACAACGUCAACUGUCUUUGCUCCGCUCAAUGACAAGCUAAUGGCCAUCGACGCGCUGUCUCUCAGAAGUUAUAAAUAUUUAAAAUAGGCACUAUCUAUCCUGAAAAAACAGCUUAAACACAUCUAUUGGUUGGCUGGUUUUAGCUGGUCAAUCAGCCUGGUUUCAAAGGGGUUUUGGCCUUUUUCAUGCUGGUUUCCAGCCUGGUUUUAGCUGGUAAUCUUCCAGCUUGAUCAGUUAAUCAGUUAGCCUGGUUUAAACUGGAUAUAGCUGGUUUUAGUUGGGCUACCAGUCUGGCUAGGCUGGUCAAGCUGGUUUUCGCUGGUCAUCUCCCACCUCCCAGCCUAAUCGGCUUAGGCUGGUUUAAGCUGUUUAUUUGUUCAGUAAAGAUCCUUACUAAGAUAAACUGCAUAUUUGCAAUCUAAACGACUACAUUAUCGACUAAAAAAGCCUCAAA